GGUCCGACCUCCCCACACAGCCAGGACGGCCCCUCCCAUCAGAACGGCCGGGGUGGGCGUGGCCGUCGGGUCGUAGAGCGGAGCCCGCCGCCCGAGCUCCGAAAUCCCGUAACGCUCCCAGGUCCUCGCGGGAGUCGCUGGCCGGGCGGUUCCGAGUCGCUAGGUACCGCGAGGAGGGGCGCUCCGAGAGAAGUGGCUCCGGAAAUGGGUGGCUUUGCGUCGCUGCCAGCGGCGUCUGCAGAGGUUCGGGUUCGGCCCACAGGUCCCAGGUCCCCAAGAGCAAGAGUGAUCAAGUGAAGGAAUGAAGGAAGAAAAAAAAGGUACUUGGACUUGGAUAUCAUUAUUUCUAGGGACAACUUCAAGCAGACACCAAGCUUUCUGUCUCUAAGAACUUUGUGGCAGAUGCAGAAGAGACGAAAGAAAGAAUCCAUGUUACUGUUUUGUGAGCACGGAAGAAAAUGAGCAAGGACCAGGAAUCACUGACACUGGAGGAUGUGGCCGUGGACUUCACCUGGGAGGAGUGGCAGCUCCUGGCCCCCGCCCAGAAGGACCUGUACCGGGACGUGAUGUUGGAGAACUAUAGCAACCUGGUGUCAGUGGGGUGUCAGGCUACCAAACCAGAUGCAUUGUCCAAGUUGGAAUACAGAGAUGAACCAUGGAUAACAGAGGAUGAAAUACAGAAUAGAACCCAUCUGGGAUUCGGGAAGCUUGAUAGUCAUCUGCAAGAGCACUCUCAAAACCACAGAUUUCUGAAGAGCACACAACAAUACGGGGAACAGAGUACAUUUAGAAAUGCUGUUCAUUUGAGCAAAAUACAUUUUGCCAUAACGCAAAAUCAUGUGUUUGAUUUAUGUAGAAAAGCUUUGAAAUCAAGUUUGAGUUUAGUUAACGAGAAGAGAGGAUAUGAAACAAAGAAGGCUGUUGAGUUUAAUGGAGAAGAAAAAUCUUUUCUGCAUGGUAAUCAUGAACAUUUGUAUUCUGGAAUUGAAUUCCCUGAAAGUGCAAAAUAUAUCAGCACUAAAUUCCAAGACUUUAAGCAUCAGAGGACUCUCAAAAUAGAGAAACCCCACACAUGCAUCGAAGGUGAGAAAACCUGCAUCAGGAAGUCUCGGCUUAUUUACCAUGAGAGAGGUCAUAGAGGUGAGAAACCCCAUGAGUGUGAUCCAUGUGGGAAUUCCUUCUCCAGAAAUGCCAUGUUCGCUAAACAUCAGAAAACUCAUACACAAGACAAAGUCUGUAUAACUAGUGAAUACAGAAAAGGCUCUAGUGUGAAGAGCAGUCUCACUUUGCCUCAGCAAACCCAAACAGCAGAGAAAUCCUACACAUGCAGUGAGUGUGGAAAAGGCUUCACCAUGAAACGCUAUCUGAUUGCACAUCAGCGAACUCAUAGUGGAGAGAAACCUUAUGUGUGCAGUGAAUGUGGAAAAGGCUUCACUGUGAAGAGCAAUCUCAUUGUGCAUCAGCGAACUCAUACAGGGGAGAAACCCUAUAUAUGCACUGAAUGCGGAAAAGGCUUCACCAUGAAGCGCUAUCUUGUUGUACAUCAGCGAACGCAUACUGGAGAGAAACCCUAUAUAUGUAGCGAGUGUGGAAAAGGCUUCACAGUGAAGAGUAAUCUCAUCGUACAUCAGCGAUCUCAUACUGGGGAAAAAUCUUACGUGUGCAGUGAAUGUGGAAAAGGCUUCACCACAAAGCGCACCCUCAUUAUACAUCAGCGAACUCACACAGGAGAGAAAUCUUACUUAUGUAAUGAAUGUGGAAAAGGCUUCACCACAAAGCGCACCCUCACUAUACAUCAGCGGACUCACACAGGAGAGAAACCCUAUGAAUGCAAUGAGUGUGGUAAAGCCUUCAGCCAGAAGAUAUGCCUCAUACAACAUGAGAGAUGUCAUACAGGAAAGACUCCCUUUGUGUGUACUGAGUGUGGAAAAUCCUAUUCUCACAAAUACGGUCUCAUUACCCAUCAGAGAAUUCACACGGGAGAGAAACCCUAUGAGUGCAAUGAAUGUGGAAAAGCCUUCACCACAAAGUCAGUACUCAAUGUCCAUCAAAGAACUCAUACAGGCGAGAGACCAUAUGGAUGCAGCGAUUGUGAGAAAGCCUUCUCCCACUUGUCAAACCUUGUUAAACAUAAGAAAAUGCACACAAGAGAAAUGGGUAGAUUCAGUCAAGUUGUAAAUUCCUUUAACACAGAGUCGCAGCUCAUUACUUAUUAGUGAACUCCUGCAGAACAGAAGCCCUAUGAAUGUGAUGACUGUGGAAACGCCUUCUGUGGCAACCGAGACUUCAUUAAACAUCAGUGUUUCCAGCAGAUUGGAAUGUAAUCAUGGUACUGCUGGCUGUUGAUGUGUGUCCUGCGGAGAUUAAAAACUUGUCUAGGAGGUAAA